AUGAAGCCUCAAGCUGUAACCACUGCCGUGUCAUUGUCUGACAGUCUUGAUAUUCCCCUCAUUGAUUUCUCAGCCUUUCAAUCGAACGAGAUAUCCACCAAAACAACCACUGCGAAAGCAGUUCUUCACGGCUUUCAAACCGCAGGCUUCAUCUAUCUCAAGAAUCAUGGAAUUCCCCAGGCUGUUGUCGACGCCACAUUUGCAGAGUCGGCCAAGUUCUUUCAAAGGCCAAGAGAGGAGAAAGAUGCUCUGGCUUGGACUACCCCUGAAGCAAACAGAGGUUACUCCCAACCGGGACGAGAAAAGGUCACCGACUUGACAUCAGCCGCUGAGAUAGAGGAUGUUCGAGCACAAGAGGGAGCCGAUCUCAAAGAGAGCAUAGAGAUUGGCAGAGAAAACGAGCCAGGACUUCCCAAUCACUGGCCUCUUGACCAAGACGGAUCAGUCUUCAAGCAGCAAAUGAUUCAAUUCUUCGAUGUAUGCAAGAACCUCCACAUGGAAAUCAUGCGUGCCAUUGCCGUAGGCUUGGACAUUGAUGAGCAUUGGUUCGAUGCAUACUGCGAUGGGGGAGACAACACUCUCCGCUUGCUGCAUUACCCCGAAGUUCGUGCUGAGGUGUUCAAGAAGAACGAACAUCAAGUCAGAGCUGGAGCCCAUACUGACUACGGAAGCAUAACACUCCUAUUUCAAGAUAUGGCGGGAGGCUUGCAAGUCCGAUCCCCAAACGGCUCAUUCAUUGAUGCUACGCCGAUCGAAGGAACCAUUGUGGUGAAUGCAGGUGAUUUGCUCGCUCGAUGGUCAAAUGAUAGCAUUAAGAGUACUGUACAUCGCGUUGUACAGCCACCAACAACGGCAGAGGUCCAUCCGGCAAGAUACACCAUUCCUUACUUCUGCCAUCCCAAUCACGACAGCAUGAUCGAUGCUAUUCCGGGCACUUUUGGACCGGAUAAGCCAAAGAAGUAUGAGCCUGUUAAUUGUGGUGAACAUCUGGUCCAGCGGCUGAAGAUGACUUACUAG